GUUUAGGCAUUUAGGUUCAAUUAUUUCAUGGCGAAUUCCAUAUCAUCAAAAUUGUCAUGAAGAAUUGUUGUGUCAAUUGGAGGAGAGUCAUGUCUGGAGAAAAAUAACAUUUGGAAAUGUCAUUAACUAUUAUCUUACGAAGUUGUACUAAUCUUAAAGGGAAAUCUGACCGUUUGGCGAAGAUAACGUUUAGGGGAGUGACCUACCAAUCAAGCAUCUAUGAAAAUUGUUCAGAGGCCAAUUGGGAUGAGGCAUAUGAGUGGCCUUUGGCCAGUGCAUUGGACCCAAGCGAGUUCAUCGAGGUUGAGGUUUAUAACUUCAACAAAGUAUUCAACAAUAGGUUGGUGGGGGUAUUUCGCAUGAUCUUACAGAGGCUCAUCCAAGAUAAAAGCGUGGACAUUCAAGAGAACUUAGUUGAUUCAAAUAACACAAUUCUUAAGGCACAAGUUUCGAUAAAACUCCUCUAUGAUCCACCUGACGGCGGUGCUGUUGAUGCAGGUUUGCAAAUCGACAUGCCACCUGGACUUGAUGGGUCUAUCGAACCCCUUGUAGACAACAAUGACAACAGCUCGUCAGUUACGAGUUUUCGCGCCAUGACAGAAGCAGAACGUACACGAUCGCAUUUGUCUCUGCAGGAGUCAAAUCGUCCUGCCGGACGACCCAUUGGAAGCAUGCCAAACAUCCCAAUGCAUUUCACUAAUGGCGGUAUAACACAGGACAUCGAGUUAAGUCCAUUUAAAAGAAAGAAAGACUCCUCACCCGCCAUAAGAAGCCGAACUUCGACCGCUGGUGCUUUAUCUAUCAUUGCACCUUUUGAGAAAAAGUGGAGAUCAGAACAAAAUAUCGCAAGGGAAUCUUUCGAUGCAAGUGAAGUGAAAGGUCAAUGUCAUCCUCGUGUCAGAGAACGAAAGAAAGUAUCGGUGAAGGAUUUGGAUUAUCAGGUUCAGAUACGAAUCCUGGAAUGUCGUCAGUUGGCUGGUACUCAACUCAAUCCUGUGUGUACUGUGACUGUUGGUAAUCAAAAGAAAAAUACUGCUGUGAAGGAGCAAACAAAUUGCCCUUUUUGGGAUGAGUUCUUAGUGUUUGACUUCAAGAUGCCUAAAUCUGUUCUCUUCGACAAAAUCAUUAACCUUCAGGUUUUUACCGGAAGAAAUUUGGUAUCCCAGGGAGCUCUGAUUGGUUCUUUUAAGUUGGAUGUUGCCACAGUGUACGCUCAGGUCGACCACAGAUUUUGUCGUCGUUGGGCUAUUCUUACGGAUCCUGAGGAAACGCUCGGAGCAUCUGGGGCUGGCGUGAAGGGGUAUUUGAAAGUCGAUAUUGCUGUUCUUGGUAAGGGAGAUAUUAUAAAGGAAGCACCAGCCAUCAAAGAGAACGACGAAGAUAUAGAAGGGAAUCUUUUAUUACCGAAAGGCGUUUCUCCCGAAAGGCAGAAGGCACAAUUUAUUGUGAAGAUUUAUAGAGCGGAUGGAUUACCAAAAAUGAACUCUGGAUUGAUGGCAAACGUGAAAAAAGCAUUUACGGGCGAGGUUCGAGAUUUGGCCGAUCCAUACGUCGAGGUUUCUUUUGCUGGACAUAAACAAAAAACGUCGGUAAAAAAGCAUACGUACGAACCAGCAUGGAAUGAACAAGUUGUGUUUGCAGAACUAUUUCCACCACUUUGUCGGCGAAUCAGAGUACAGCUUAAAGACAGUGAUUCUGUAUCAGAUGAGGUAAUUGGGACACAUUUCAUCGACCUCUCCGCCAUAUCACACGAUGGCUCAAACGCUGAUCGACAAUCAUCGUCUGCUGAUGUUGGUUUCAUGCCGACUUUUGGACCGUGUUGGGUAAAUCUUUACGGAUCGACAAGAGAUUAUUCACUUUUUGACGAGCACAACGAUCUCAACAAUGGACUGGGUGAAGGUGUAUCUUACCGUGGUCGCUUGCUGAUGGCCGUACAGGCAGAGACGGGUGAAUCUGCUUCAGACUCUGGAAUCAAACAAGUCGAAGUAGUAGCAGCCGCACCCAUUUCUGAGACGGCUGCCGGUAAAGUGGAACAAUUUCAGUUGUUCGCCUGUCUUUACGAGGCAUCGAUGAUCGACAGAAAAGUUGGUGAUAAAAAUAUUCAAUUUGAAAUGACCAUUGGAAAUUACGGGAAUCAGCUCGAUCGAACAGAUGAAAAAGUCACAAAGGAUUCGGAGGACAAUCCAUACGUAAAAUCCCUUUCGCCUCCAGCUCGACCUGUCACCAACAACAGGCAAUACUAUCAUAUACCUUGGGAAGAAGCCAAACCUUGCCUUCACAUAAAAUUUCCCUGGCAUGACCACAGAAGACGUUCGUUCAACGCAAACAUCAUCUACAAGAUAUGCGAACGACUUGAGGAUGGUUUGAUCGACAUUUCAGAGAGAGUUAGAAUGGAUCUACCCGAUACACACAAAUGGUUGAGUAGAGUUCUAGGAGAGCUCGUCAACGGUUGCACCAAUUAUCUCAACUUGAUCAAAUCUGUUCCCGCUGCUGCUCAUGUUGGACGAACGAAAUUGGAUCAAGAACGUUUGAAACUGCGCAAGCAGGAAAUUGCAGAUGUUAUGCAGGCGGCGUCAGACUUAAAAACGAGCUGUAAAAACGACUUACACGCGAAGGAAAAUAUGAAAACAGCAAAUGGAUUACUACAGCGACUGCUUAACAUUGCUUCCGAGCCCCAAGACAGUCUACCUGAUAUCUUCAUCUGGAUGCUGUGCGGUAGCAAACGUGUUGCGUACGCGCGUGUACCCGCGCAACACGUGUUGUAUUCGCUCGUGGAAGAGGAACGUGGAAAGGACUCGGGACGAAUGCAAACACUAUUUCUCCGACUACCAGGCAAGCGUGGUGAGGGUCCUAAAGGUUGGGCAAUUCAAUCCAAGCUCAACAUAAUGAUAUGGUUGGGUUUACAUAAGCACAAGAAAGAUUCUCUCAAAGAUGCACCCAAAGGUUACGAUAUUCCUCAUAAUGUGCAUAAGCUAAUGGCUCCGCCACCAAUCAGACUGGUCUACGCAGAUAAACGGAAGUUCAUACUUCGUUGUCAUUUGUACCAAGCACGAAGUCUCAUUGGAAGUGACGCUUCUGGCCUAUCAGAUGCAUUCGCAAAUGUCAUAUUUACACAUUUCAUCGCCAAGACUUGUACAAUCAAGGAGACGAGGAGCCCGACUUGGGAUCAAACAAUCGUCUUUGAAGAGGUCUUUCUUGUUGGGGACGUGAACGAAAUAGCAGUAAAUCCACCAACGAUUGUCGUCGAGAUUUUUGAUGAAGAUAUUGGGGGGGACUUCGAAUUCAUUGGUCGUGCGUUAGCUCGACCCAUCGUAAAGAUGGCCAACGAACCGUAUGAAAAACCGUUCUUCCCCCCUGCAUUGGAGUGGUUUCAAGUCUUUCGUGGUGAAGAGAAGGCUGGUGAACUGCUAGCUGCGUUUGAACUACUUGAAGUUUCCGAACAAAUUGGCGCCAUGUGCUUCCUGCCACCAAAGAUUGAACCCGAGCCCAAUGAUAAUCAGGAUGUUCUCGUAUGUCGUGUACCCGAGGGUAUAAGACCGGUUAUGAAAAAGCACAGGAUAGAGGUUUUGUUUUGGGGUGUACGCGAAAUGAAGAGAUUGAAUCUACAAACUGUGGAUCGUCCUCAAGUACACAUCGAAUGUGCGGGCGUGGUCAAACAUUCUACGGUCAUUGCAAAUGCAAAACGAAAUCCGAACUUUCGAAAUCCAAUCAUUUAUUUUGAUUUGGAUUUGCCCGAGAACGAAAGAUACUGUCCACCGCUGACCAUCAGUGUCCGAGACUGUCGUACAUUUGGAAGAUUCACGUUGGUUGGUACUCACGUGCUCAAUUCUUUACAUCGUUAUCGAUACCCUAAAAUUGACGAACCCAUCAAGAGAGCUUCCAUCGUUAACAUCCCAGAAGAACAAAAAAAAGACCCCAAAAAGACAGCAAAAGCACAGGAUGUUAUCGUAAGUAUUGAUCAACCGGAUGGCGACGAAGAUGCUCCGGAAAACCCCGAUGAUGAGGAUACGGCCGAUAAACGUAAGAAAGAGAAAGAUAAAGAAGAAGAAGAGGAAGAUGAUGGAGAGGACGCGCUUGAUUGGUGGUCGAGAUACUAUGAAACUGUGAAGCUCAUUGAUGCCGAAGCGCAAGAAAGAAGAAAGGAGGAGAAUCGUAAGAAAGACAAAAAGGAACAGGAGAAAGGUGGAAAAGAUGAAAAAAAAGAUAAAAGAGACAAGAAGAAGGAGAAAAAACUUUUACAGGAAAUGUCAAAACAAACUGAGCGAAAGAAAAAUAUUCCCCUCGUUAAAAUAUAUCAUACCGAAUUGGAGGAUGUUACUGAGUUCAACGGUUUUAACGAUUGGCUUCAUUCAUUCUCGUUGUACCGAGGGAAAAAAUCUAGCGAAGAAGAUGAUGACGAAAGCAGAGUCGUUGGAAAAUUUAAGGGCUCAUUCAAAGUUUGGCAAUGUCCUUUGCCUGGGAAUGUAGUAACCGAUCCUGCUAUCGGUACUUUCCGGAAACUGCCGAGCAGCGAACCUGUUAAAGUUUUGGUGCGAGUAUACGUCGUCAAGGCAUAUAAUCUUCACCCUCUUGAUCCCCUGGGAAAGGCUGAUCCAUACCUAAUUGACAUUGGGAAAACAAAAGUCAAAGACCGUGAUAAUUACAUAUCAAAACAGUUGAACCCAAUAUUUGGAAGAACGUUUGAAUUCGAAGCGUUAAUCCCGAUGGACUCAAUUCUUACAGUUGGUGUUUAUGAUUGGGAUUUGGUUGGUAGCGAUGAUUUGAUUGGUGAAACCAAAAUAGAUUUGGAGAAUCGAUUUUACAGUCGACAUCGAGCUACCUGUGGUUUGCAGGAACAGUUUACAACAUUCGGUUUCAAUAAAUGGCGACAUCCGCAACGUCCCACUAACAUAUUGAGUAAAAUAUGUAAAGAUGAAGGAUUGGAAGGUCCUCAUUAUACCCACGGAAAGUGUGAAGUCGAUGGUGUCACGUUCGCAGCCGCUGGUCAAAUUCAAGAUGAGUCCGGUAAUUGGAAGCAGUCAGACGAGCCGUCCGCACUCAUGGUUUUACGUAACAUGCAUGAAGUAAUACCUGGCCACCAUCUUGUCCCCGAGCACGUGGAAACAAGAUCUCUUUAUUGUUCGGAGAAACCUGGAGUGGAACAGGGUCAAUUGGAAAUGUGGGUGGAUAUGUUUCCGAGAGACACAAUCCCUGGUGCUCCUGUUGAUAUCACACCUAGAAAGCCAACCAGUUAUGAACUUCGUGUUGUGAUUUGGAACACGGAUGAAGUUGUCAUGGACGAUACGAAUGUUAUUACAGGAGAGAAAUCUAGCGACAUUGUUGUGAAAGGUUGGAUUGGAGGAAUGAAAGACGAGAAACAAGAAACCGACAUUCAUUAUAAUUCAUUGACCGGAGAAGGUAACUUCAACUGGAGAUUCAUCUUUCCAUUUUACUAUCAACGAGCAGAGGAGCGCAUUAUCAUCACUAGAAAGGCUUCUUUCUUCUCGUGGGAUGAAUCUGAAGAGAAGGUUCCUCCUAGAAUUUUCUUACAAGUAUGGGAUGCCGAUAGAAUAUCUGCCGAUGAUUUUAUUGGUGAUCUUUCGUUGGACUUGAACCGUAUGCCACGAGGGGCGAAAUCCGUGAAGACAUGCAAUCUGGAUAUGGUUAAGACGGAUGCAAACGUACCACAUGUUUCUUUGUUUAAGUUGAGACACAUUAAAGGAUGGUGGCCAUUUACUGUUAACACAGAUUUAGAAGAAAUUGAACUGUCCGGAAAGCUGGAAGCCGAAUUUGAUCUGCUCACUGAAGAGGAAGCUGAGAAAAAACCGGCCGGAAAAGGUCGUGAAGAACCCGACCCUCUUCCGAAACCGAAUCGUCCUGACACAUCAUUCGUUUGGUUUAUGAAUCCUUUAAAAUCUCUACGUUACUUGAUAUGGAAUAAUUACAAAAUGUGCCUCCUUAAAUUCCUCGUUAUUUUCCUUCUCCUUGCUCUUAUGGGAUUAUUUUUCUACUCCAUGCCGGGAUAUACCGUCAAGAAAAUAUUCAAUGCUUGAUGUUAUGGAAGGUGUUAUGUUGAUUAUUUUAUUAAAUCAUUAUAACUAUUCAAAUUAUACGUGAUCUUUAAGAAUAUUUUACGCUUUCUUGAUAAUUCACUCUCUUCAUAAUAGCCGUAUCAUAGUUUUUAAAGUAUUUGUUAUUUAUUAUAAUAUUUAUGUAAUUACAUUCAAAAUAUUCAGUUUUAGCAUGUGGCAGAAUAUGGCAUCGAAUGUCAGCCAUUAUUGAACUUAUGCUUUGCGUUCAAGUUUGUAUUCUACGCUCAAAUUUUAUUUUUGAAGUUUGUAUUCUACGUUUAAAUUUUAUUUUUCAUGCUUGUAUUCUACAUUCAAAUUUUAUUUUUGAAGUUUGUAUUCUACGUUCAAAUUUCAUUUUUAAAGUUUGUAUCGUACAUUUAAAUUUAUAAAACAAAAAACAACAAGAUAACUCAGUAAUAAAAGGAAUAUGUUUUAAAUUA